UUCAAGUUUGUUUCAGUUUCAGUUUGACCGUCGAAUGCAGAGAACAUCGGGACAACGCUCUUGCUAUUGCUAUCGGACAUCGGACCGCUAAAAAAAAGGCCUGAAGCCAUAAAAACGCGUGUGAACGAGAGGCCAACGAAAUAUCCAUAGCAUGAGUGAGCGCUUUAAAUAGAAAACGCGAGAUAACCAACUCGAAUGGAACAAUUUAUAAAAAUGUUUUCUUGUUAUUUAUGAUAAUCUGAAAUAAUCAUUUAAGUUAAUCAACCGUAAUAGUUUUUGAAACGCAGUAAAAUUUGGAUACAAUGAAAUAAUGACUUUAUGACUGACAACGUUCUUGGAUAAAAUUGAAAAGUGAUUGUGGUACACCAAAUCAGUACUCAGAUAACAUCAACGAUACUUGUAUGUGCCUACCGAAGCAACAUACAAUAUUAAAGUUCUAAAAAUUCUUCAAAGAAAAUUUUGCCGUAAACUGACCUUACAUUUAACAAGAUGGGAAAUAUGGUGCUAGGACGAUCAGGAAAGGCUGUUCCCAAGUCGAAUCAACUGGCAGAGAGCAGUCCAAUAUCCCUAUCGCUGGUACUGCUGCUUUUCUUUGCGCUAGUAGAUAGCACCAGUGCACAAGUCGAUACCACCAUCAGUCAGCAAGAAAGUCAAUCCGUUGUUCUACCGUGCCCGGUUAAUUCAGAAAAGUGCGGAAAACUCCACUCACUAAAUUGGUUUAAGGGAGAUGCUCGCAUUGCUGCAAUGCUUCUCGGAGAUAGUAACGUCACGAGUGUUAAUAAAGAGUUUGACGAAAGAGUAACCGUGGAGCAAAACCCAUACAGACUAGUAAUUAAGGACUUAAAAAUAGCUGAUGAAGAUAUUUAUCUUUGUGAUACUACAUUUUUUAUACCAGAAGAAACGUGUGAUAACUUUAAUGGAUAUCGAAUAGAAUUGAGAGUCUUAGAAAACAUUGUGCCACCCACUGAGGUUGUUAUCUUGGAUGCAAAAGGAGAUCGACUCGAGAACGGCCGUGUAGUGGGACCCAUGCAGGAACGCCAGUCCCUCAAAGCUACUUGUACUGUAAGGAACACCCGACCUCAACCUGAAGUGAGCUGGUUUCGUGGAACAAAGCGUCUAACAACUUAUUCCCCCACUCAUGACUUAAUCAAUGGUCUUUAUACCUCAACACUCGAGUUGGAUUGGCAGUUGUCCCGCGAAGAUCUUGCUCAGGAUUUUGAGUGUCGUGUGAAAUCCGCAGCCAUACAAAAUGUUACUGUAACUAAGUUUAGCGUGGAUUUACAAGUUCGGCCAACUAGUAUAAAUAUUAAUGGGGUAAAACAUCACACAGUACAAGGCAGCAAAGUGGUUUUAACAUGUGACAUUCGUGGGGCGCGACCAGCAGUAAAUCUUACUUGGUAUAACACAACCACCAUAAUAAGUUCAGACGAAAACGAAAUAACUGAAAUCCGGACUAAAUCGCUGGAAAAAAGUGACGGCACCUUUCAUACUCAAUCCGAACUCAUUUUCAACGCCACCCGCUUUGAAAAUGAUCGGGUUUUUCGUUGCGAAGCUGAAAAUAUUGUUUUGCAAAUUAAUCGCGAAAAACCAAUUUCAUCUGCCCUCACGUUGGAAGUCUUAUAUCCCCCCGUAGUCAAAGUCAGUCCAUCUGAUAUAAUUGCCAAUACAAGUGAAAUAGUUCUUCUUAACUGUGAAUACGUUGCAAACCCUGCUUCACUGACUCAAGUUGAAUGGUAUCGCAAUGAUGAUUUGGUAAAUGUAAAUGAUACGACUCAUUAUAAAGGUGGAAAUUCGGAGAAUGUGGCUCUUGUUAUCAAAGCUACCAACAAAGAGGACAUCGGAAAUUAUUCCUGUCAACUAUCAAAUAAUAUUGGCAAAGGAACUUCUGAUCACAAAAUUAAUCUGGACGUGCAGUAUGCCCCAACUGUCGAAAUUCUUAUGAUACCAAAGGGACCGGUGAAGGAAAGUGAUGAAUCAAAUGUCACUCUUUUUUGCAACGUGUUGGAUGCAAAUCCUUCUGUUCUCACCAAAGUAAGGUGGUACGCCAACUCAACACUUCUUAAGGAACUUCCAGACUGCGAAGAAACAAGGGAGGACCUGUGUCACAUAGACCCAAGUAAACUCUUGUUAGAGAGUAUUGGGAGGGGCUUCUUCUACAAUUAUUCCUGUGAGGGAUUCAAUGCUGCUGGCUGGGGUCCACGAAGCGAAGAAAAAGAGUUGUUGGUGCAUUACGAGCCAGGACCUGCAACAUUAUCUCAUUUCCCGUUAGUUGCCGUUAAGAAAAAGAGUGUAACAUUCUCCUGUUCUGUAGAUGAUCCAGGAUUUCCAGAAUCAAAUAGAUUUCGUUGGCUACGAGGCGGUCGGGGUCCUCUGCAGGACAUUGUGACGAAGGACUGGACGGUGGAGCCAAUUGAUCUGGAUAAUCGGUCCAACUAUUCUUGCUACGCAUACAAUGAGGGAGGCAAAGGUGUGAUGGCCACAGUAAACUUGGAGGUUCAUGCGCCUCCGUUUUUUAUUAGGAACUUGCCACAGUACACGGGAAUUUUGCACACUUCACCAAAUGCAACUUUGACUUGUCGCAUCGAAUGUGUCCCGCGAUGCGACAUAUCUUGGCAAAAAGAUGGUGUGCCCAUAGAAAGGAACGAUACCCGAUAUUUUGUUAAAGAAAAAUACAUGGAUGCCUCCCCCGCAACGGGCGAUUUUGAAAGCAUGCUAUCAGUCUUGCAUUUUAAUAUGCCAAAUUGGCCUGAUUCAAAAUUCAAUAUCGAGGAUGAUAAUGCAAACUACACAUGUGUAUCAACGGGUAAUACAGUCGGCGGAAGCAUACGGAGUCGCACCUAUUUUGGCAUUGAGUACGCACCUGAAAAUACGACGGUUUCGGAGAAAAUUGUUUAUGUGCAGGAAGGCACAAUACCAGGACGCGUCAUUUGCAAAUCUCGGGCUAACCCAGAGCCUUCAUAUGAUUGGAUUUUUAAAAACCAAACUAUUGCCAAUGGCAAUGCAUUAAUUAUUAAUACUCCCAUGACCCGAAACGAUAAUGGAACAUAUACGUGUCUUGCGUAUAAUAAGCACGGUAACAGCAUUGCGAAAACAAUAAUUGAAGUCCAAUUUAAGCCACGUUGCGAAAUCGAGAGACAGGAAAUUGAUGACCAGGACACGCUCAUUUGUAUUGCGUACGGAAAUCCUAUAGAGGCUGAUUUUUCUUGGUCAAUUAAAACUGAAAAUGAAACAGACGAAAGCUUGGGCAGCGGAAAAAAAGAAAACUCUGAUAAGAGUUAUUACAUAUUACAGACGGAUUAUGCUAUAUCCAGGACAUACAGAUGUGUUGCUAAUAAUACAGUUGGUUACGGCUCAUUUUGUGAAAUCGAAGUAGCUGCUGCAUCAUCACUUUUAGUUUGGUGGCAAGAGCAACUAGCAUGGUGGCAACUCUGGGAAAAGAACACACUAAUCAUACUAGUGGCUGCUAUCUUGGGAUUAAUGUUGACCGUAAUUAUAAUAUGUUGCAUAAUUAUAUGUAUUUGCCGUCGCCGUCGGCGCCAAGAUAAAUAUCUCACGGAAGUGCCCAUUAGUUGUAUCCAAAGUGGAUUGUCUGAUCAGUUAGAAAUGUCACGUGUGAGUGGUAAUCUAUCAACACAGGAUAAGUGUAACGCCUUUUUGCCAAAGCCAUCUUCCUCACGCUUUAUCGGUAACGCACCGAAAUCGCCCCCACGCUGGCCAAUUCGACCUGGCGUAAUGCUUCACGUAAGCAGUAAUACCAAAGAAAAUCUGACUGUAAAUCGAAUGACAGUAAAACCGAGCGCCUCCGGUAAUGGUAGCGACAUGAGCCAGUUGUCGGCUCAAUUAAGUGUUGCAACAAACGGAAGCCGGGAAAUCUCCGAUGGCCCCAUUCUAACCGAGUUGUCUGCGGUGUCAAGGGAAAAUACAGCUUCGGAGGUUUCUUCUUCAGCAAACCGAAAGGAAGCAACUGUACCGCCUACAGAAAAGAAUGCAUCUGCAUUAAAAAUGGCGCCACAAGAAAUCUUAUCUUUCAAAACCCGCAGUGGUGGCCACAACAAAUUGGUUCAUAUUUGGUCAUUGCUUUUUAAAAAAUCAGACGAUUGCACUCGAGAUAGUCAACGGAGCCAUGUUAGCCUUUUACGGACUUUUUGGCGCGGAAUGGCUUCUAAUGAAAAUAUCUCUGGACUCGAAACUCAGCAUCGUUUGAAAGGAAUCCGUUGCAGCGGAAUUGUAACCUACAAAAGGACAAAAAAGAGUGUACAUGCAACGUCUGACGCAGCAUCAAAUGAAGAAUCAUCCUUAAGAGAAAAGCCGAACAACUUCCAGUCGUCCGCGUCUAUUCAAUUGCCUUCAAACUUGGAUGGAAAUACAUUUAAAUUUUUAUUAAAAGGACAAAGGAAUAAUUUUUCACAGGAAGUAGAAAACAUAUCGUGCAAUGUUGCUCCUUCUGUAACGAGGGGAAGCUCUUUGGAACCUUCCACGAGACCUCCAUCAUUACCAUUGAAGAAUUUUCUUAAUAUAACCGGCUGGAGCUGUUCUGGUAUUUCCACGAUAGUCCCAAACAAUAUACUCGAUAACGAGCCAAUAAACGACAAGUCGUCUUCACUGGGGGAACCGUUGUCGGAACCUGGCGAGUAUGAGAAUCUUCCAUUUCAUGGUCUGCAAACGGCACCUAACAAGUUCUCUACUACCCCUACAAAUUUUAAUAACAACACAAAUGCGGUACGCGUUGCUCAAAGACCCAAGACACUGAUUGGAAAUAUCAAUCAGCCAUCUGUCGGCCAUUACCAAGAUUGCCAGGCCACUCAAGAUCCACUUUUAUAUCAGCAACAAUAUUUUUGCGAUCAGGACACACAAAAUGAUCAGAGAUCACAGUACAACACAAUGCACCGCCCACCAAAUAAUGUACAUUAUAAUCAAUGCCAAAAUAAAACAGAUUUUAAUCCUCAAGAUCAGCAUAGCCCAAGCAAUGGCUUUUCUGAAAGUUACACUGAGUAUUACCAGCAGCACCAGCUUCCGGAAAAAAUACCAAUGCCAUUUCGAGCAGGAUCGUCUCAAGAAUUGGACAGCAAUUCGCCUUCUAACAUUCAUUUAUUGAAUGGCACAGAUCACAUUCCACACUUAGCAUUGGUUGAUAUUAACCCAUUCCUGGCCGCCGCUAACAUUAGAAAAUACGAUAAAACGAACGAAGACAGUAUGACACGUGCGAGACACAACAAAAGCACUUUAAAAUUUGAAAACAAAUUUUAUUCGCUUAAACAUCCAGGCGGAACAAAGCUAAUAAAUCGGGCCCUGGAUAAAGACUAUUCCGAAGCUGGUACCGCCGCUACUGAAUAUAAAUCUCUUUCGAAAUGCAAGAUGCACAAUUCCUUUGGCUACAAUAGACAUUGCAGUGUUGGCACGCACGUGCAGCCGAUGCGCUUAUAUGAUCCUCCUGCUUAUCAGAACAUGGUUGUGGAGCACGUAGAUGAUCAAGUUAUAGAAUCCAAAGAAGGCGAGGCCAAUCUGACAACUGUUCAAAUGCACACUCAUCCAGGCAAAGAAAAAAUAAAAAAGCACCACCAUUGGCAUCACCAGCACCGGGAAAAAAAAGAUGAAGGUCUGGGUCCUGAUGUUCAUCAAGUGGAGCCUGAGCGUAUCAGCAUAUAUCGAAGCGACUCUGGAAUUUCCAACAGUUCUUACGAGUCACAGUUCUCAAAACCAAAGAAGGCAACCCUAAACACCACCUCUGGCCCAUUAGUUCGAAAGCAGGCACACAAAAACAUGGAACUCCAGAACAGUGUGUUCGAUGCGUCCUACGCAAGUAAUGUUUCUGAAAGCGAGCCACAAUUAGAUAACAAUACACCAUCGCAUCAGUACUGCACAGCGCAAAGUAUUAGCUCUUCGCAUUGCAACCGCCCUCAGACACGAAAUUGGUACAGCGAGAAGACUACUAAAAAUGAUUCCGGGCAGCAUCAACUUAAUCAAAAGUGCGUAGGACUGGAUUCUACGCCUUCAGAACGCAUUAGCUUAGAUACCUCCAGCAGAAGCGAAUAUUUCAAGUCGGCGGUGCCAGCUGAGUGUAGUACUGUUCAGACACUGAAUGAGAAAAUCCAACCACUCGCUAUUAAUCCAUUUAUAGUUGAAAAUGGAAACAAUGAAGUAUACACCGGUAACAAAAAUAAUCAGAAACACCGACGACAAACCAUCAGCAACCCAUACGAACAUAUCCAAAGCCACCCAUAUGCAAGACCUGGCAACCUUUGUGACGUCUCAAGAAAAUUCCAGAGUAACAGCUCAGAAACCCUUAAAAUUUUCAAUUCUGGCUCCAAAUCUAACACGAGUGCUCCUCAAACAGCAGCGCCAGAGCAUUCGAAAGUCAAGAACGCCGCAAAAAUCAGUAGCAAAAAAAACGGGACUGGCGCCAAUAGAGAACAUUAUGACGGAGUGCCAGCUUUAAAUAACUUACACGCGUCAAGACUAGGUUCUCUAGCCGACAUCGAUGAUUUUCCGUCCGAAGUAUCUUCAAGCGCAUUAGUGGGUAAUCCCGCAGAUGUCCAGUAUGAUUGCCUAGUGGCGCGAAGGCCUAUGCGCAUGCCGUUGCGUAAACAUCACACCUUCCAUUUCCAAAGCACUCAGACAGCCAACGGCAAGCUACAACAGCUGCGGGAGCGACUGCAACUUCAGCUACACGAAAGUAGGAAGGUCGCGCAAGAAGAGUUUUCACCGGCUUUUGAUGCGCUGGAAUUAAAUGAAAAGCAUGCCUUCAAGCCGAUUUCACCAAUUCCUACAAUCAGCAAUUCGGCAGUGCAGAGUACAAGGGAACAGAAGCAAGACGAUUCACCGCAACAUGAUUCUGCACGUUACUUAAAAGGGGCAGAAGAUGAUGAAGACCUUGGAUACAGUUUCUGUGAAGAGGAAUGCAUUGUAGAAAUCGAUAUAAAUCCCACCUCGGACAAUCUUAUUACUGCCCCGGACAACAGCUCCUGUACAUCGAAGGCUGUUUAAAAUACGAAAGAAGGGUGCUCCUAAAUACUUUAUGUCGCAAAGUAGUUGUGCAGUGCAUAUUUAGGUAUUUAAAUAAUCGAAUAAAGCCUAAGUGACGCAAACAAGGUAUUUUUAAUUAAGUAUACCUAAAAAAAACACAUUUAUACUCUGAAAUCAAAAAAUUUAAUAUCGUUCGUGAAAGAAAACCAAUAAAACUAAGCUGUAUUGCGUGUGUUAGUUUUAGGAUGUACAAUACAUUUUAUACUCGUUAAUUGUAGAUUAAAAGAUUAAAAAAAUCUA